AUGGACAGGCCACGGCAGUUGUUGCAUCAGGUCUUCGAGGACCAAGUCCGCAAGCACCCUGCAAAUCAUGCAUUGGACUUCUACCCUCACGAGCGUCUCAGCUAUCAAGAGCUCAACGAACGGUCCAACUCCCUGGCACGGUUUCUGUGUGAGACCCAAGUCCCCGGACGAGAAGUGGUUGCACUCUGUCCGGACAAAUCGCCGCUGCUCAUCAUCGCCGUCCUGGCUGUUCUGAAGGCCGGCAUGGUCUGGAUGCCGCUUCCCACGGGUGCAACUGCGGAUCAGAUGCAGUAUAUCCUGCAAUGUUCCCGCGCCGGCCUCGUGCUAGGCUCGGGCCCGAGCAGACCAGGUGUGAGGACUGACCUGGCCUUCAUUGCUCUGGAUGACAUGUUCCAGGGCGGCAAACGCCCGCCUUACGCCUCGACAAACCUGGACCAUGUUUCCCAACAUGGCAAGGACCUCUGCCAUAUUCUGUUCACGUCUGGCUCGACCGGGACUCCCAAGGGGGUCAUGAUGGAACAUGGUGCUGUGCGGCACAACGCCGUGGAGCUGACCAAAAUGUUCAACCUCGACUCGCACACCCGGACCUUGCAAUUUGCGGCCCCCACGUUUGACGUCUUUGGCCUCGACCUGUUCAUGACGUUUGCUUGCGGGGGAUGCAUCGUCCUGGCGCCGCGAGAGGUUAUGAUGGAGGACAUGACGGCUUUCCUGCGCAAAACGCACAUCACCUAUGCGCAGCUGACCCCAACGGUGAUACAGACAAUCGACCCGGAGGGCGUGCCGAGCCUCCGCGUCCUGGCCAGCUCCGGCGAGGUCCUGCCAUCGCAGUUGGCCAGCCGUUGGCGCCGCAGGGUGCGCAUGUUUAACGCCUACGGGCCGACCGAGACGGCCGUGUGCACGGUGCAAGACCUCGGCGAGGACGAGGGCGUCGACGCGGCAUGUAUAGGCCGCCCGGUGCCGGGACUCGAUGUGCGCCUCCUGGACGACGGCGGUGGCCAGGCGGUCCGGGCCGGUGAAGUGGGCGAGAUUUGCGUGGCCGGCCCUCAGCUCUUGCGGGGAUACCUGUCCCCUGAAGGCGCAGUCCGGCCGCCGGAAUGCCACAUGGACGGCGUGAGGUUCUAUAGGACCGGCGAUCUGGGGCGCUCGGAGCUUUCGCCGGCAGGGCUCGGCACAAUCAGACUCAUCGGCCGCCGGGAUGCCGAGGUCAAGCUCCGCGGCAUCCGCCUCGACCUGGCCGACGUCGAGCGUUGCAUCUUGAAGGGUCCGUAUGUGACGGCGUGCGUCGUUGUCCUGCCACGCCGCGGGAGCUCCUCUGGUAGCCUCUGCAGCUUCGUUGUUCUGCCUCAUGUCCAAGCCGGCACCGGUCCCGAAACACGGCUUCCGCUCGCCGAGCCGUCGGUGGAGAUUCGACGCAUGCUCCACGAAGCCAAGGGGGCGGCAUCGAGCCGCCUGCCCGCCUCGGCCAUGCCGAAAACGUGGUGGCCCGUUGGGGAAAUCCCCCUGACGGCAAGCGCCAAGGUGGAUCGAUUUUGUCUCCAGUCCUGGCUGGAGGAGCUGGAAGAAGCGACCUUCCGGGAACUCGUAGACAGGUUCGGCGCCGAAACCGCGGACCGGGCCGUCGUGGCCGGGCCCGGGGAACGGCUCUUGCAGUCCGCCUGGGCAGAAGUGCUGCUGCGCCCGGCCUCGUCCAUCGCAUCCACGGCCUCCCUCGCCGAGUUGGGGGCCGACUCACUCGACGUCAUUCGGAUGGCCGCCCGAGCGCGAAACGUCGGCAUCAACGUCAGUGCCGCUGACAUCUUCACUGCGAAGACGAUCCAGGAGCUUGUCCGGCAUUGCCAGUCCCUCGCGAACAAGACCCCGCGGGUGCAGCCGUCGCCAUCGCCCACAUACCGCCCGUUCAGCUUGCUGUCCCCGACCAGGCCCUUGGCGCCGUUGAUGGACGACGUGGCCAAGGCCUGUCGGGUUUCUGUGGCCGCCGUCGAGGACAUCUAUCCCUGCACCCCAUAUCAGGCAGCCCUCAUGGCCCUGGAUAUCAAGUGCCCCGGCUCGUACAUCUGUGCUUUCAGCUGGACCCUGCGUCAUGAUGCUGACGUCGACCGCUUGCAGGGCGCCUGGGACGGCUUGUUGGCUUCUCAACCCGUGCUUCGCAACCGUCUCGUCUGGGAUGCUACAAUGCACAGCUUUAUACAAGUCCAGAUCCGGCAUCGCCCAGCCAGAUGGAGCGAGUCUCUUCACGAGGCAGCCAUGUCACUGGGCUCCGAUCUGUGUCGAGGCCUCGUCCGCUGGCAAGAGGAACGGCAGCGAUGGACCUUUCACCUCAAGAUCCACCACAGCAUCAUUGACGGAUGGUCUCUGCAGUUGAUGCUCAACCAGCUCAAGAAGAUCUACUUCGGUGAAGUGGUAAACACACUGGACGCGGCUCCUUUCGCGCAUUUCGUGCGCCAUCACUUGGACGGACAACAAAGCAUCCGAUCUGCAUCAGAGCAGUUCUGGACCGACUAUCUGAAAGACUGCAGCCACGGCGAGUUUCCCCCUACUCCACAGGACGCCCACCACGAGGUCCAUGCCACGCAUCACCGGUCCCUGGCAGUGCCGAUCGAUAUGCAGGGCCUCGCUUCAUGCUUUGGCGUCACCCCGGCCGUUAUUCUCUACGGCAUCACUGCACUCAUCCUCGCCACCCACAGUGACACGCCGGACAUUGUCAUGGGCUUGAUCUUGGCCGGACGUGAUGCAUCGCUCGAUGGUCUCUUCCACAUGCUGGGACCCGCCUUUGCAUGUGUCCCCUUCAGGACUCAGAUCGAUCACCAUGUGCCCCUGUAUCCGUUUUUUCAGCAUAUACAAAGCCAGAUCCUUGCCAUCGCUCCCCAUCAGCAAUAUGGCUUGGAGCGCAUCAACAAGUGCGGCCCUGGAGCGGCAGCUGCUUGCCAAUUGAAGACACUCGUCGUCGUCCAACCCGAAGAUGAGCGAUCGGCCGGCAGCGGAUUGUGGGACGAGGUUCAUGGCCAAUCAUCUGGAUUGGCAGAUAGUGUUCCCUUCUCCCUCGAGUUGAUAUUGGCGGACCAGAGUAUCUUGGUCAACUGCAACUCAGAUCCAGCCCUAGUAUCCCCUCACCAUGCUCAGACGGUUAUCGAUCAUCUGAGCCAGGCUCUUCAGAGCUUGUCGAGCCUGAGUUCCCAGGAGACGGUGGGACACAUCCAGCUGACACAUGAGCACCAGCAUUCACGCAUGCUGCAAUGGGCCGAAUCCUAUGGAUCUGCAGUCAAUGCCUGUUUGCACACUCUGUUGCAGACCUCGGUUGAGAAGUUUGCCGACCGCACUGCCAUACGCGAGAGUGCGACAGAGCGGCGGCUGACCUUUCGAGAGCUAGAUGUCUUUUCCAGCAGACUGGCAAUAUUCCUGGCCGAAUCGUGCCUCGUGUCGGAACAGACAAUCGUUGCCAUGGCCAUGGACAAGUGUGCUCUCGCCGUCGUUACCAUCUUUGCCAUCCUUAAAACUGGCUCUGCCUAUCUACCCCUUGACCCAAGCUGGCCUCUCGAGCGCGUGCGGCGCAUCGUCGACGAUGCGGGUGCCGCUGCCAUCGUAUGCUCACCCGCCAUCGCUGACGGAUACACAAGUCUCCGGCAGCAGCUUAUUCCACUCCACGACUCCCACUGGAAAGAUCAGGAGCUCCAAGUCCUUGCUUCGGCCGAAUGGGCUCCCAGGGGAAGUCCGUCGGAUCUGGCAGUCUUGAUGUACACAUCCGGCAGUACAGGGGUUCCCAAGGGCGUCAUGCUCGAACAUGGGGCUUUGAGCACCAGUCUGAUGCAUCUAGCACGGGCUUUCGCUCUUCAGCCGGGUUACCAUCACUUGCAGUUCUCGUCUUUUGUCUACGACGUCAGCAUUGCCGACAUCUUUAUUCCCUUGCUAUCUGGGGCCUGCAUAUGUGUGCCGACUGAAGACGAUCGCCUCAACAGACUUUCCGCAACAAUACGAAGAAUGGAAAUCAACUCGGCCAUUCUGACGCCAUCCAUGACGGGACUGGUUGCGCCCCAAGACGCCUCUACACUCAAAACAAUCAUGACGGGUGGGGAGAUGACCAGCCGAGCACUCAUCCGGACCUGGGCGCCGCUCGUGCGACUUCUCAACGCCUACGGCCCAACUGAGGCUUCCAUCACCACGACAGUCACCGACCCCCUGAAGGUGGAUUCAGAUCCCGGCAUCAUUGGCCGCAACGUUACCGGAUGGCACCUGAUUCUUCGGCGCAACAACCACGGAGAGCUCUACGAGGCCCCGUUCGGCUGUACGGGUGAGAUCGCCAUUGCCGGCCACAGCCUUGCGAGAGGAUAUCUCCAUAACAUAGAGCUCACGAACAAGCACUUUGUGACUUUUCCGCACUUACACAAGUCGCAACUCCCGUCUCGUGUUUACCUCACGGGAGACAUUGGCCGAUACGAAUCGGAUGGGUCGAUGCGCAUUCUCGGCCGUCGGGAUCGGAUGAUGAAGAUCAAUGGCAUUCGCGUCGACCCGGGGGAGGCGGAAGACCGGCUACGGCGGCUGGGGGGCCCUUUUGCUUCCGUGGUGGUCCAGUGCACUCUCGACAAGGCCAACGUCUGCCGGCUAGUUGCUUUCGUUACCGUCGACGGGCACAACAGCGACAGCACGGCCAGCAGAGCCCUCAUUCUCGACGCACGCACCACCUUCUAUGAGCUGUGCCGGGACGCCCGCCGCCGUCUGUUGGAGCAUCUUCCGAUUUCAUACGUCCCCAGCCUCUUCGUCCCCAUCAGCCACGUCCCUCGGACGGCGUCUGACAAGAUUGACUACAAGCGACUGAGGGCUGAAUUGCAGAAGUUCCCUCUAGCACCUUUUCUGAUUGCCUCGGAUGGAGAGACAGACCAUGAUCCAAUGGCAGACGCGGACCCUGCUACACCAACGGAGCGGGCAAUGGAAGGCGUCUUUCGCAAUGUCUUUCACGUGCAAGGGCGGCUGGGCGUGGCGGCUGACUUCUUCCGACUGGGCGGCGACUCGUUUGCAGCCAUCAAGCUUGCGAGCGUUGCCAGGGAGCAUAGUCUAGAGAUUACCGUUCAGCAAGUCUAUCGAUAUCCCCGACUGAAGGACCUGGCGGCCGUCGCCCGGUACAAGACAGAGGCAAGUAUCGAUGGUGCCGGCCAAGAUGAAGGACGGAAUGCAUCUUGGUCCGUCAGGGUCCCAGACGAAGUCUGGCGCGAAGUUCGGGACGUGACAGGAUUUGCCUUGGACGAGAUGGAAGACGUCUAUCCCGCAUCUCCAUUCCAAGAAGGACUUAUGGCAGCGUCGUUGCAUGGCGUCACGCCGAAUGGGGUAGAUGAAGGAGCAACUUACCAAGCCAAAUUGGUCUUUCAGCUGGCGGCGGAGACAGAUGCCGACCGACUGGCCCAGGCGAUGGACAAGGUCGUAUCCCAGAAUCCCAUCUUACGAACUACACUCGUCUCCUCCACUAGAGGACUCAUGCAGAUUGCUCGCAAGAAGCUGCCCAGAGACAGAGACGCCCCUUUCCAUUACGAGAUUGAAACGGCCUCGUGUCAGCAUCCGACCAGAUUGGUGAUGCGGAUGCACCACGCCUUGUACGAUGGACCUACAAUCCAUCUCCUGCUGCAAGAUAUCAAUUUCUGGUAUGGCGAGCCAGACGGCAUCAGGAUCCCUCCUGUCCCAUAUCGCAGGUUUGUGGAAUAUCUUCUUUCCACUGCCUCGGAAUCGGCAAGCGAAUACUGGACGGAGAACCUUCGCGAUGCUCCCCUGACGCCUUUCCCGCCAGUCUGUGAAAAUGAAAACCGGACGGCGGCAAUCCAGCACGUCCAUCUGAGCACAACAGUGUGCUUGGAUCUCCCUCGGCAGUGUGGAAUCUCUGCCGCCACUCUGGCCGCCGGCGCGGUGGCCCUACUUCUGUCAGCGUACAGCUUUGCAGAACAAGUGUGCUUUGGGAUGACGCUUUCAGGCCGUGACAGUCCUGAGCUCGAGAGAAUCGCCGGGCCGACGCUGUCGACGGUUCCCAUGCGUGUCCAUAUGUGCCCCCAGCAAUCCGUGCUCUCCUUUCUCCAACGGCUUCAGAGCUCGCUUCUGGACAUGCGCCAGCACCAGCAUUUUGGCCUCAAGAACAUCUUGCGUUUGCCAGGCCAGGGCCCUCGGAACGCCGGCCAGUUUCGAACGCUUCUCGUCAUGCAGCAGGGGCCGGGGCAGUCCUCGAGCGAAGAGCAGCCUCCAGGGGUCGUCGAAAAGCUCUUGCCCGACGAGUCGUCGAUGCAUGUUGAGAAUCCAUUGGUCAUUAUUGGACAUGUCGAUUCCUUGACGGGACAUGUGGACUUGAAAGUUGAGCAUGAUGUCGCCUGCGUUUCACAUGUUCAGGCACGACGGUUUAUCCAGCAACUAGGGCAAGCCAUCACAGAGCUUUCGCUGCCGCACCGCCCAUUGUCCGAACUGGACUUGGCCAGCUCUGCCGAUAGAGCGGAGAUUGCCGCAUGGAACCCCAAACCCUCCGCCGCUCCCUCUCGCGGCAUUUGUCAGAUAUUCCAAGACAUGGCUCUCCAGCGUCCCGGCCUUCCUGCCGUCGAGGCCAUAGUCGGCGGCCAAGGGCUCGGCACUGUUCACCGCAUGACGUACAAGCAGCUGGAUGGUGCUUCUACGGCACUGUCAUAUGCCAUCGGGCGGUGUGCUCCGAAUAGCCGACGAAUUGCUCUAUGCCAUGGUAGACCCUCGUUGGUUCUGACAGCCAUGUUGGCGGUCUGGAAGGCCGGCAAGGCAUUUGCAACCUUGGAUCCGUCCGCACCCGCCGACAGGCGCCAGCAUAUCCUAGCCGACCUGGGGGACGAUACCGUUGUCCUGACAGAUUCGUCCGAAGCCCAGACCUUCGCUCCCUUCAGCGUGUUUAUCCUCGAUUCGAUGCUGCAAGAGGCGGAGUCCAAACCAGAUACAGAUGACAUCGUGCGCCACGCAAACAAGGCUUCCGACACGGCGUAUGUCUUGUAUACUUCAGGCAGCUCUGGUACCCCCAAGGGGGUUGUGGUUCGACAUUCCGCCAUUGCGUUGUCGCUCUUGGAUAUCGGCGCAACCAUGGGAUUGAAUUCCGAGACCAGAAUGCUGCAGUUCGCUACGUGUGCCUUUGACACGAGCCUUUUGGAGAUCUUCGCCACGCUCAUGGUUGGCGGCUGCGUUUGCAUUCCCUCCCGGAGCCAGCGUCUGGACGGCAACCUUGGCCAGGCCAUCAACCAGCUCCAAGUCAGCCACCUUGUUCUUACGCCAACUAUAGCCGCACUGCUCUCUCCGGCGCAUUUGCCGACCGUACGGUCACUAAUGCUUGUAGGAGAGCCCCCUACGAAGCAACUCGUCCCUACCAAGCUGGCACCAGUGGGAGCUAUUGGAGAAUUGGUUAUCUGCGGCAACACCGUGGCAGACGGCUACCUCAACCAGCCGGAACAAACAAAACAAGAGUUCGGAACCGACCCUCUGUGGGCUCCCUGGACGGAGGCUACUUCUCGAGUUCGCUUUUACCGAACCGGCGACCUGGCGCGCUAUGCAUCGGACGGGUCUUUGACAUACUUGGGCCGAAAAGACCUGCAAGUCAAGAUGCACGGGCAGCGUGUCGAGUUGUCCGAGAUUGAAUGGCACAUCAGUCGAUCGGCUCAGUUCGCAGAUUGUAUAGUGGACAUCGUUCCUCCCGGAACUUUGGUGGCCUUUGUUCUCUCUCGGCAAAUCGACGAAGCAGCCGUAAGCCGAACGCAGAGCCGGCUGCGAUGCGCCCUUCCGAAAUACAUGGUCCCGCAUGUCUUUGUUCCGUAUGGAUGCUGGCCCACGACGACAUCGGGCAAGAUCGACCGUCGUCAACUGCGUGCUUCCGUCGAGUCCUCUCUCGACAACUACCGGGUUCGUCCGAGGGGUUCGAAGCGGCCGGCCCGCAACCUGGCGCAGAAGGCUUUGUUUGAGAGCAUUGCCGAGGCUAUGUCCAUCGCAGAAGACCAGAUUGGCCUGGACGAUUCGGUUGUCUCGCUGGGCGGGGACUCGAUAACCAUGAUUCGCAUCCUUGCGCUUUCCCGGCAGCGGAAGUUGAAUAUUGACGUGAGCAGAGCGUAUCCAUCUAGCACGCUGGAGGAUUUGGCCAUGACGCCGGACUUGUCUCUGCCCACACGCAUCGGCGAGGACGCUGCUCCGCCGCCGCCCUUCUCCUUGAUUACAUGGCUGGAUCGAGAGGGCAUCUGUGCCAAAGCGGCGGACCAGUGCCAGGUCCCUAUAGCAUCCAUCACCGAUGUAUAUCCCUGCACCUCGAUGCAACAAUCGCUCAUGAUUUCAUCGGCCAAGGCUCCUGGUGCCUUUCUCAAUCAAGAGGUCUUCCAAUUGCCACCAGGGCUGUCGGUUCCUAAACUGAUCCGUGCCAUUCAAUCAUUGUGGCAACGCCAUGACAUUUUACGGGCCCGGAUAAUCUUACAAGAUGAAUGCCGGGGCUUACAGGUUGUUCUCCGAGAAGAUGCUCAUGUGUCUCGGAUCUCCACUGAGAAGCUGGACGAGUUCUUGUUGCAAGACAGUUUCGUAGCAUUUGGUUACGGAACGAAGCUUUCUCGAUGCGCACAUCAUGCGGUUUUUGAUGGCUGGUCCAUGAACCUCUUCAAACAUGAGAUGCAAAUUCUGUACGCCGAGAGAGGCCUCGGGCUGCCGCCAACACAGCCCUAUGCCUUGUUUGCUCGUCAUGCCAUGAAUAUUAGCAACAAUUCCGCCGCGCAUCGAUACUGGCAAACACGGCUUGCCGACAUCCAGUCUGGCUCUCUUCCCCAAGUGCGACAAGCUGCCGCCUUCGCUGCCAACCAGAAAUACGCGCUCACCGUUCAGCUCCCAAGCGAGCCUGCGUACAUGCUAGCAACACUUGCAGAGGCUUCAUGGGGCGUGCUGUUGGGCCGGUAUCUGGACUGCGAAGAUGUGUCCUUUGGUGUUGUCCGGUCCGGACGAGCGGUACCCCUUUCAGGCAUCGACAUGCUCAUGGGGCCUACCCUUGCCAGUAUCCCGCGGCGCUUGCGUGCCGUGCGAGAGCAAAAGGUGGCAGCUUAUCUCCGGCAGGUCCAAGUUGAAACCACCCAGGCGAUGCCAUGGGAGCAGUUCGGUCUCUCCAAUAUUCGUAAGAUUGACAAGGACGCCUUCCAGGCGUGCAAGUUCAACUCUAUGCUCGUUGUUCAACCGCCAGCCGUCCAUCCGGGACCCGAAGACAAGGAAGCCUUUCUUAUUCCCCAAAAUGACGUUUCAAAAGGUUUCGUCGAUUCAGAUUGCCUCAUAGUAGAAUGUCAACCUACCGGUGACGAUCAGGUCAUAAUUUCCAUCAGCUAUGAUGACCGCCUGACAUCCAGCGACGACGCACGAUGGAUGGCGUACCAUUUUUCUCACACGCUACAGGAGCUGGGCACCAACGAAACGGGUACAAUUGGAGAUUUGGUCAUGUCCGGGUCGGAGAGACUGGUUCAGGAAUGCCGGUGGAACAGCAUAAGGAUUGAUGCCUGCCACCAGCUGGUGGAUGAGCUUUUCAGCGACAGAGCAAGUCAAUGGCCCGACUUCCCGGCGGUGGAAGCUCCCGAUGCAAGUCUCACGUAUGAGCAAUUAAACACUUUGUCGUCUGCUGGAGCGUCCCGACUUCAACUCGAGUGCGGAGUGUGUCGAGGGGAUCUGGUGCCGCUUUUGAUGAGCAAAGGGGCCGCAAUGAUCGUCGCCAUGCUAUCCGUCUUGAAAGCGGGAGCAGCCUAUGUGCCCCUGCCCACGGAUGCUCCCUCAGAGCGGCUAUGCUUCCUGAUGGGAGAGAUUAACUCCCCGAUUGUGGUUACUACGGCCGACCAAGAUAGCCUGAUUCGGACUCUGUCGGCCCAGCCCAUUACUUGGGACAUUGAAGAGCUGUCCAAAGGGCCGUGCCCGGAGCCCGUUGGAAACGAUGAUGCCGUAAAGUACAACCACUGCCGUGAUUUGCGGUCGCACUCAGAUCUCGCCUAUAUACUCUUUACCUCUGGCAGCUCAGGAACGCCAAAAGGAGUCAUGAUCGAGCACUCAGCUCUCGCAGCAACAGCGUUGAUCAAUGGUCGUGAUAUCAACUACCAGGCCAAGACACGGACCCUUUCCUUUGCAUCUUAUACAUUCGAUGUCAACGUCAUGGAGAUUUUUCUGACUCUCCUGCACGGUGGCUGCCUGUACAUCCCGCCCGAGAAUCGACGACUCGGGGAUCUCUGCGCAUACAUGGAGGAAAGGCAAAUCGAACUCGCUUUUCUAACCCCAACGGCUAUCCAGAAUAUACUUUACUCAUCCAGGCGGGUGCCUUCGCUGAAGACCCUGUGUUCUGGCGGCGAGCCGUUGACGAAGUCGAUUGUGCAGGAAUGGGCUGCGAGCGUCCGGCUGAUCAACUCCUAUGGCCCAACCGAGACCUGCUUCGAUGCAUGCCGAAACCCACAUGUGACCAUCGACGGUGACCCGAACAACAUCGGGUUCGCUAUUGGGACGCAUCUUUGGGUGGUCGAGCUGGGCAACUACGGCUCUCUGGCUCCCGUAGGCUCUGCAGGAGAGCUGCUGAUAUCUGGACCAACGCUUGCGAGGGGGUAUCUCAAGGACCAGCAGCGCAGCCAGGCGGCAUUCAUCGAUGGAAGUCAGUUUCCUUGGGUCCAGCCAGGAGAAGAGCGUUUGUACGUGAGCGGAGAUAUCGUCCGGAGAAACCCGAAUGGGUCUAUCACCUUUAUUGGACGAAGGGACCAACAGAUCAAAUUGAACGGCUUCCGCAUCGAGCUCGGUGAGAUUGAACAGUGUCUUGAACGCUGUCCAUCUGUGGUCUCUGCUGUGGCAGACAAGGUCACGUCUCAAGAAGAUUGCUCCGAGAUGCUUGUGGCCUUUCUCACUCUCGCCCUCCGGGAGCAGCCUCAUGGACGGGAGCUGCUGCUGCCUCCAGCUCCCGAUACACGCUCAAUCAUCCAAGGCGUUCAGGCCCGCAUCGAUGGCCUUCUGCCUCAGUUGAUGGCUCCGCGAGUCUAUCUCCCACUGUCACGUAUUCCACUCACCCCCAGUGGGAAAAUGGAUCGGAAGGCGCUGCAGGCUCUCGUGGGUCAGCUCCCUCCCGAGCAGAUUCUUUUGUAUCAAGCCGCAUCAAGUGUCAUUCGACAGCCGUCAACCGUGACGGAGCGAAUCCUGCAAGGGCUAUGGGCGCAGGUUCUUAAGGUUAAUCCAAAACAUUUGGGGCUGGACACCCAGUUCACACGCGUUGGCGGAGAUUCUCUGACUGCAAUCAACUUGGCUUCUUUAUGCCGCGAGGUUGGAUUCAAGCUUGAGGUAGCGGACAUAUUACGAAUGCCUCAAUUGGAGCACAUGGCCAACCACGUGGAGAGAAAUCAGCAAAGGGCCAAAGUUGACGGACAAUAUAUAAAUAUCCAGACGACCGUUGCGAGUAAAUCGUGGCGUGACCCGAGGCUGCUGUCUCAGGUAUGUCAAGAGUGCAGUCUGUCUAUAAACGACAUCGAGGAUGUUUAUCCAUGCACGCCCAUUCAAGAGGCACUGAUGGCUGCAACGGUGCGGCAACCAAAGACAUAUAUUGACCACAGCAUGUUCCUGGUGCCCCCGUCAACCGACCCCGAACGAUUGCGCACCUCGUGGGACGUUGUCCACCAAGCCAACGCCAUUCUGCGGACGCGGCUUUGUCCCGCCACGACCGAUCAAGGCGUACAGAUGAUGCAAGUCGUCACGCGCCGUCCCAGUCUUUGGAUCGAUGCAGACAACGAAGUCGACUCAGCCAUUGACAUGGGACUGGGGACGCCUUUGGUGCGGUAUAGAAUCCGACCUUCCGGUAAAGCUUUCAUCUUCGAGAUGUGGAGGCAUCAUUCCAUCUUUGAUGGCUUUUCCUCCCUGGCGCUUUGGCAGGAUCUGGAGCACGCUUUUGCAUAUUCAGUCCCGCCGAAGCCCCGGCCAUCAUACCGGACAUUUGUCGAUUUUGUCCAGGGCGCGGAUAAAGCAGAAGCUGUCUCCUUCUGGCAAGCCCAACUUGACGGCCAUCAGCCGGAGGCUUUCCCUGCCCUCCCCUCGCCCGACUAUCUUCCACAAGCCGAUUCCAACACAAGCCAGACGUUGGAAAGUAGGCUGAGUUGGAGCUCGGCAAGUACCUUCUCCUUCGCCACCGUUGCUCGCGCCGCUUGGGCGGCCAUGCUUGCCAUGAGGAGUCGCAGUUCCGGCGUGGCCAAGGACGUCUGCUUCGCCGUGACACUCUCCGGCCGCACUGCCCCCCUGGCAGGUAUCGAGGACAUUGUCGGCCCGACCAUCACGACCAUCCCCGUGCGGACGCAGUUCGAACUGGACGACCCUGUGUCUCAGUUUCUCGAGCAUGUUCAAGAUCAAGCCUUGGAUAUGCUUCCGUUUGAGCACUUCGGGCUCGGUCGGAUUCGAGAGAUUAGCUUGUCCGCCCGCGAUGCCUGCGCGUGUGUGAACCUCCUCGUUCUCCAGCCGGCUCAGCUUGGAGACACCGCGGUGCCCCUUGGCUUGCGCCGCAUGUCCGAGGCUACCAAUGGACUGCGUGAGCUUUUUGGCCUGGUCAUGGAAUGCAGCCAGAACAGCGCCAAAGACCAUGUCUCCAUCUCGGCUGCCUACGACCCGUCGCUGCUAACGGGACCUGAAGUGAGGCAUAUCCUGGAGCAGUUCCAACAGAUGAUUGGCAUUCUAAGCCGCCGUGCCUGCGACAACUCGACCAUCCGAUCUGCGUUCUGGGAGCUUGCUGAGGGGGCCGAUCUUGGGCGGACUGUCGAAUGGAACUUGCCUGGGGAUCAGUCUCCGCCGCCGCAACUGCACGAGCUGGUGGAGGAAACGGCAAGGCAUCACCCCGAGCAACUUGCCGUCGACUGCCACGACGGACAGCUGUCCUACGCCGAGCUUGUCGCCGCCUCGGGCACUUUAGCGCUCUACCUUCAAAGUGAGCAUGGCGUGAGACCCGGCCAUCUCGUACCUAUUUGCACCGAAAAGUCGCGCCUCAUGGUCGUUGGCAUCCUGGGCAUUAUCAAGGCGGGCGCAGGCUACGUUCCACUCGACACGAACCACCCCGAGGCCCGUAUACAACACAUCAUCCACGAGAUCCGGCCGCAGGUGAUUAUCGUAUCCCCUUUGCAGGCGACACGCCGACGGUUCCCGCUGCGAACGCUGGUGCUCGACUGGGAGCAUCUGUCGGCCCCGGGCCCUCCACGAACUCUGUAUUCAUCGUGUCCGGACGACGUAGCCUAUGUCAUCUUCACUUCCGGGAGCUCGGGUGCGCCCAAGGGGGUGGUGAUGGAACACAAGGCCGCAAGUCGGAGCGUUCUGGAGCACGCGAAGCGUUUCCAGCACGACCGCCAAGGGGUGAGGCGCCGCUCCUUGCAGUUCAGCUCCUACGCGUUUGAUGUGAGCGUGAUUGACAUCUUUGCCGUCCUCGCGUCCGGCGGGUGCGUCUGCAUCCCUUCUGAGGCUCAAGCCGUGGAUAAUCUCGAGGGCUUCAUCCAGAGCAAAAGGAUAGACUUUGCCAAUUUGACCCCUACUGUCGCCAACCUGCUGGACCCAGUCCGAACGCCGACCUUGAAGACGCUCGCCAUCGGAGGCGAGAUGGCCAAUCGCGCAUUGCUGCACAAAUGGACGAGCCGUGACUCGCCGGUGGAACUUUUCGUCAACGCUUACGGGCCGACAGAAGCGGGCAUCUCAUGUGCCGCGGGCCUGCUCACGGCGACCUCGCUCAUCGGCUAUGUGGGAAAGCCCCUGGCCACUGGGCUCUGGAUUGUCGACGAGCACGACCACAACCACCUCGUCCCCGUCGGGUCUGUUGGCGAGUUGGUUGUCACCGGCUCCACGCUCGCUCGCGGCUAUCUCAACGACGAGGAACAGUCCCGUCAAUCGUUCUUGGAGCAUGUGCCCUGGCUGGCCAAGGUGGGCCAAGGGCGGUUGUAUAAGACCGGCGACCUUGCCCGCUUCGACGUCAACGGACAUGUGGAGCUCGUGGGCAGGCGAGAAGACACGCAGGUCAAGUUGCGGGGGCUGAGGAUCGAGCUCGGCGAGAUCGAGGCUGCUAUUGGCGCCUCUUCCUGGGCGUCUCGGAUCCAGCGCGUUGUCGUGGCCAAGAUCCUUCGAGACGGCAUUCCAUUAUUGGCUGCCUUUGUCCAAUUCUCCCCCGACGAGUGCCUCUCCACACCGGACCUGGCGUCCAUCUUUUGUCGACCGUCGGAGCAGUUCCUGGUCUUUGUUGGCAGUACCCAAGAAAGCCUUCGAAAGCAACUCCCGGAAUACAUGGUGCCCCGGCUUUGGCUCCCCGUCUCCGCGUGGCCCCUCCUGAGAUCAAGUAAGACAGACCGCAAGUCACUUGCGGCCUCGGCCGAGGCCCUGGACUCGAAGCGCGUGUUUGCAUAUCAGCGACCGGCCCCGAUCAAUGGCCAUGGCAUGCCGUUGGUCAAGCUUAGCGAAAGGGAAGAAGUCAUCAAAGAGGCCUGGCUUCAAGUAUUGCACAAAGACGCGCAUUGCGACGUUGGACCUCAUGACGACUUCUUCCAACUGGGCGGCGACUCGCUGACGACCAUCAUGCUCGUUACGGCCCUGCGGCAGAGAGGAAUCUGCAUUGCUGCCCAUGAAGUGUUCGCUGAAAAGACUCUGCGCGGCAUGGCCGCCUGUGUUGGAACGACCGAGGUUGAAGAAAUCUACCCGGCGUCAUACACCCAGCUGGCCUUCCUUGUCGAGGCCCAGAAAUGGCCACGCUCCUAUUACUUGUGGACCUUCUUUGAGUUGGACGACCGUGUCGCGGCUGACCGAGUGCAAAAGGCCUGCCGUGCCCUCGUCGACCGUCAUGCCAUCCUGAGGACCAGCUUCCAUUUCAUACAUGGCCAAUGCUUCCAGGCGAUCGGAUGUGUUCGGUUCUCGACCAGGACACUGGCCGUCCAGUUCGAUUCGACCAGGUCCUGA